AUGACAUCGAUCACGGCACCAGAUAUUCCUACUAGUACAGUAGAUGAGUCUGCGGCACGUCGAAAGCGCACUGGUAGGAAAUAUACCUCAAGAGCUUGUGAGGAAUGUCGCAGGCGAAGGGCAAAGUGUGAUGGUGUCCGGCCGUCAUGCGCACGCUGUCUUGACCGAGGUGUUCGGUGUCAAUACUCCACUGCGGAGGAUGGAAGACAGCCUGCACCCAAAUCUUACGUGGUGAUGCUGCGCAAUAGAAUCGAGCUGCUUGAAAAGGUCUUGCAGAAUAACGGAAUUGAUGCUGAUGCUUCUAUUGCUCAGUUGCUAGCCGAAGAUGAUCCGAACAAUCGAACAGCAACCCCGCAUGGGGAUGCUGGGUCGAACAUGGAGGAUUUCUGUCUCACAUUUGACGGUGCUCUUACUUUAGACGAAUCAUUGAACUUUGAUCAAGAUGGGGAAGUCCGAUAUUUCGGCCCUACUAGUGGGCGCCUGUUGUUCCAGUCUUCGUCAAAUGAAUCUCCGAGUGAUGAUGUGAAACAAACGGAUGCUUCCUGUAUCAGUGGUUGUGUCUUCCCACGGGAAUCCUCCACACUAUCCUCGCAAUACUACACAAAGCAACUGGAUUUAGACGAAUCGCAAGUCUUUGGACCUCGGAGUCAUUCCUCGGAGCACAGUUGGAUAUCGGAGGAGCUGCAAGCCUAUUUGAUUGAUCUUUAUUUUGAGUGGGAUCAGCCUUGGCUGCAAGUCGUCAAUGAACAGCUGUUCCGCGAUAGUCUGGCAAGCGGCGGUCGCUAUUGCAGUCCUCUUCUCUUAAAUUGCAUUCUUGCCCUUGGGUCGAGGUAUUGCGAUCGCUUGGAAGUCCGCACAGAUCCAAAUGACUCCAACACUGCCGGAAAGGCAUUUAUCUUAGAAGCCGAGCGUUUGAUUCAAAACGAUCUGCGAUGGCCGAAGAUUACCACCAUACAGUCGUUGGCGAUCAUGAGCGUGGUUUACAUUGCCAUGGGACACGACGCAGCAGGCUGGCUUCAUCAAGGCAUGGCAAAUCGACUAGCCAUCGAUAUGGGGCUCAACAUGGACCCGGCCGUUCUUCCUGGUACAGUUGCCCUCCCGGAGAUCGAAAUUGAGCUGCGGAGGCAAAUUUACUGGGCUUUGUACUGCCACGAUAAGCUGGCAGCGAGUUAUACAGGCCGAGUCUGUACAUUGCUCGAUUGUCAAGGAGCCGUCAACAAGCCUUAUAUUCAGUGCGCUUCUAAUACCGUUCUGCUAUCUGCUAAUGGGCAGCCACGAGCUGCGUCUCAAAAGGAUGUUGUGCAACUACACAAGUCGAUGAUAGAUCUGUGUCAAAUCCUCGAGAAGAUUCUUCUAUCCCUAUGGUCUCCGAAGCCUUUGAGUACCUCGCAUCAAAGGUUUGCAUUCUUCGACUCCUGCAUUCUCGAAUUGAAAACUUGGCUGUACGACCUUCCUUCUGAGCUCAAGUUGGUGCGACCCAGUGGACCAUCUCGAUUCCCACAUGUCUAUACGCUUUGCAUGGUCUAUCAUACUGUGGUAAUACUGCUUUGUGGGCCGUUCAUCAAGGGAUUCGAGCCAUAUGGUGAUAAGGCAAGCAGCCCUACCAAUGAAUGCCCGGCAGGAGAGGAAACUCCUCAGGCUUGCAUACAAAAGCGAAUACAAAAGGCGUUCGAAACCUGCAAUGCUUCGGUGCGAGCGAUGUGCUUCAUCUCUCAGAAAUAUCGAAAAGUCUUUGGCAGCUUUAAACUCAGCCCUGUCACUGCAACUCACUGCACGUUAUCCUUUGCAUUGAUCAUAAUCGAGCGAUGCUGUGCUAUGGUACCCAAACCCAAGCCAGGAGAUGAGGCCUCGCCUACUGUCUCUCCUCACCAUGCUGUCAUGCUUUGCUUACAGGUGCUGAGGGAACUGUCCACUUCUUGGAACACUGCAAAGCGAAUUGGGCGCAACCUCGAGAGAGUCUAUCUCCAGCGCUAUGGAGGUGACUCCCUUCCAUUGCUGCCACAAAGUUGUGGUCAUAGCGGUGAAAAUGCUUGUGUCUGCCCAACCCCAAGCGCUGAUAUCUCUGCUAUGCCAAAACUACCGUCUCCACCAGGUGAAGUUUUCGAUAGAUUCCUCGACCCCAAAGACACAGCCUUAGAGUGGCCACCAAUGCUCAACGUCCCAUACAUUAUUCCGCGCCAAUAUAACGGCCUUUCUUAUCCACCUAUCUCGAAUGCGAUCCAUGACGACCCCAAUGCUCCUGCGGCUGCUCAAAUCUUUGCCAACUCAGAAGAGCUGUUCGCAAAUAAUCUUGGCUUUGCAUUCUCGCCUGACUGCCUUCCAAGCGAUUACAACAUGUUUAGUACGCUUAACCAAAUGUACUUAGAAGAGACUUGGUGA